UGCGGUACACUGUGUCCCUCGGACACAGCAGAUCACCAAUCCGAGCUGUCACGCUGACAGAGGAGAGGAGAGCCGAUAAUCGGCAUUCCUCGGCGGGGACAUCUACACUGAUCAUCAGAGCACUGAUGAUCAGUGUGCCCUGAUGAUCAGUGCAGCCCCCGCAGCACCACCUGUCAGUGUCCAUCAGUGCCAGCUCUCAGUGCUCAUCCAUGUCACCUGCCAGUGCCCAUCAGUGCCACAUCAGUGCCACAUAUCAGUGCCCGUUUGAGCUGCCUUUCAGUGUCACCCAUCAGUGCCAGUCAGUGCCACCUAUCAAUGCCAGUCAGUGCCAUCUAUCAGUGUGCAUCAAUGCCGCCUAUCAGUGCCUGUCAGUGCUGCUUAUCAGUGCAGCCUAACAGUGCCAGUCAGUGCCACCUAACAG